UGCCCUCAUUCGUUGCAGUGACUGAAGAAAAUCGAGUGGUUAUUUUGAAAUACAAUAAUGUUUCCUUAUUUAAUAAUCCUCAUUGUUCUUUUAUACAGUCCUGCAACUGGAAAAACGGUUUCUGGAGUUUUCCGGAGCAACAAAGCGAGGGAAAGUAAUGGACAAUAUAUCACCAGAUUUCUCUAUCAUGGUGAGAAUGGUCUUCUGCUGUAUCGAGUGGAUGAUGUUCUCACAGCAGUACAGAAGGAGGGCAGACUGCUGUUGUUUCAGGGGAUGCAGGAGUUUGACAAUCUCAGCUGUCUGGAGAGAGUCUCAGCGGCUCAAAUCUCCAUUCAUCUGAGUAAGGAAGAGAAUAACCAGACGAUACCGCAGCAGUCGACGCCGCAGCUGUGGCACGUGAUGUACGCAGACCGCUACACCUGUCAGGACGGGCAGAUUGACGGUGUGUUUGAAGACGUGCACUUUCAGAUCACACUGCUCAACCCUGACGCCGAGGGAAACCCACUGGAUCACUUCAGCGCGGAGGAGGCUGGUCUGCACAGUUUCUACUUCCUGUUGAUUUUGGCGUAUUUCAUAGCGUCGUGUAUCUACGUGCAGCCGCUGUGGCAGGCGUUGAGUAAAGGUGGGCCGAUGCUCACGGUGCUGAAGGUUUUAUCCGCUGUGCUCCUGCUGCAGGGAGUGUCCGUGCUGCUCAACUACAUACACAUGGCGCGGUACGCUAGAGAUGGUGUUGGGACGCCUCUGAUGGGCAGUCUUGCUGAGUUGUGUGAUCUGAUCGCCCAGGUGCAGAUGUUGUACAUGUUGUUGAGUUUGUGUGUGGGCUGGUCUCUGAGUCGCUGCAGGAAGUCUCAGUGUAAACCGCUGCAGUGGGACUCCACACCUGGAUCUACUGCGCUGGCACUGGGCGGAGUCAUCGCACAGGGGGCGCUGCUGAUCUGGGAGCAGUUUGAGGACACGGAGCAUCACAGUUUUCACGCUCAUGGCAGUGUGGCAGGGUGGCUGCUGAUGGCACUGCGUGUCGCUCUCGCUCUCUUUCUGGCAUCAGUGCUGUAUCAGAUAAUCGCAGCGGAACGGAGCACGCUCAAAAGAGACUUCUAUCUCACCUUCGCCAAGGGCUGUUUCCUGUGGUUCCUCUGUCAUCCGGUUCUGGUCCUGUUCUCUGUUUUACUCAAUGAACAUCAGCGAGAGAAGGUGAUUACAAUCGGAGUGAUUCUGUGUCAGUCCAUCUCAGUGGUGGUGUUGUAUCGUCUCUUCCUGUCGCGCAGUCUGUACUGGGAGGUUUCAUCGCUGUCGUCCGUCUCUCUCCCCCUCACCAUGAGCAGAACAGCGCGAGGACGAUACUGAGCAUUACACGGGAAACGUUAAAGCGUUGUGCUGUAACAGCUGAAUAAAUGGGGGACCAGCAGCCCUACAUACACACAUCAGACGAGCAGAUGGAUGAUGCUCAGUAAGACGAGAGACAUUAAAAUGCACAUCACGAGGGGGCGUGGGUAUCUCAGCGAGUAUUAACACUGACUAUCACACCAGGAGUCGCGAGUUCGAAUCCAGGGCGUGCUGAGUGACUCCAGCCAGGUCUCCUAAGCAACCAAAUUGGGAGGGUAGAGUCACAUGGGGUAACCUCCUCGUGGUCACUAUAAUGUGGUUCUCGCUCUCGGUGGGGCGUGUGGUGAGUUGUGUGUGGAUGCUGCGGAGAAUAGCGUGAAGCCUCCACACGCGCUACGUCUCCACGGUAACGCGCUCAACAAGCCACGAGGACUUACAGCGCUUUGGGAAUUGGGCAUUCCAAAUAAAAAAAACAAAAAAACAAUGCACAUCAUGUCUGCAGAUUGAGCAACAGAGGAAAGUGUACAGAGAUGAUGUAAUAUAUAUUUCUUGAAAUAACUCACCUUUACCUGAGGAACACAGUUGAAGGCCAAACUCAUGUGACUGAACUGUCCGUUCAUAAAGUCGAGUCCUCUUCAUCUGUGAUUGUGCAAAAGAAAGAAAGGUCUCUGUCCAAGCAAUCACGCAAAUGGCAAUAAGAAAAUGAAAACAUUUGUAAUCUGCAUCAUGAUAAAUGUCAUUACAUUUCAGUUUUCCCUGACAAGUGCCUGUAAUGACAAUCACCAUGUGAAUACGGACUUGUGCUGUGAUUGCAUAUUAAACACAUGAAUAUUGAUGAUAUUUAUUGAUCCAUUACUGGAUCCCGCACAUUUCAGUGUAUAAAAGGAGGAAGAUGUUAAUUAUGCAUGUGUUGUCAAGGACUUGAAAUGCAUUCAACAUUGUGGUUAAUAAACAUAUCAUGCACACAGAUGUCACAAUUACAGUCAUGCACAUAUGCUAAUGAGGAGAUUAUCUGUGGAUCAUUAUGAAAAUACUGAAACACCAAGAACUCCGUGAAUUGAAGAGUUUUGUGUCAUACACUGUUUUCUGCAUAUCUUAAUGUUUCCCAUCAAGGAUGGACACGUGAUGAAAUUUAUCUCAUGUCAUCUUAGAUUCUAAUUCAUAACCUGAAGAAACAGAGGUUAAAUAACCAAUAAAGUGGAAAGAAUUUUGAAGUCAUGUAUAAUGAAAUUGGGCAACAUUUUUGGAGGAAAUAAAAAUAUAUGCGGUAAAUGUUUAACCCUCCUAUUCUGUUCGGUCACUUAUGACAGAAAUACAUUUUCCAGUGUAAUUAAAAUGGUUUCGUUUAUCUGAGCAGUACAAGACUUAGUGACUUUUCCUCCACUUGCCAUCUGAACACACACAAAAAAAAGUUGGACUUGAUUCGAUAAGUCUAAUUGGUCGUAAACAAAAAGCAACGCUUUUGCUGUACACGGUCAAAAUCGUCAGAACAUCGGAAAUGAAUGGGAGACACUAAAAAAUGAGAGCAAUUUUUUAAAAGUAUUUGUCAAAUACAGUAUACUGUAUAAAUCAGCCACAAUGCAAAAAAAUAACAGAGAAAUUAAGGGUUGAGACUUUACAACUUGCAGAGUGCAAAACUUGAACUGGUGACGCUAUGACACAGAGCAUUUUUUUUUGUCAAAUAAAAUCUAUAAAUCAGCCACAAUGCAGCGCGUGCACACACACACACACACACACACACACAAACACACACACACAGAAAUAAAUGGGUGAGACUAACACAGAAUUCAGAACACAACACACAAACACACACACAAAGACAAGCAUACACACACAAACACACACACAAAGACAAGCAUACACACACAAACACACACACACACACACACACACACACAAAUAAAUGGGUGAGACUAACACAGAAUGCAGAACACAACACACACACACACACAAAGACAAGCAUACACACACAAACACACACACACACACAAGCACACAAACACACACACACAGAAAUAAA